GUCAUCCUUCUUAUCCAUCCUCUAGCAGGAACACAAGCCAACCCAAACAUCCAUUGUUGAUUUCUUUCAAUCCUUUUUAGAAAAGAAAAAAACAAAACAAAAAACAUGCUGGGAAUUUUGAAUGAGACCAUAAAAGCUGGAUUGCUGUGCCAUAAUCCACAGAACAAGUUCAUUGGAAAAGAGAGAGCAACAUUGCAUCCUCCACCACCAUUACUUGGGCAAAGUGUGCAGUUUAUGCAAUUCCACAUCCGAAAUGCAACUAUGAUUUGUGAGGUGAGAAGAAGGAGAAGGGCAGACAUAAGGACAGACACGUAUGUGCUAAUGGAACCUGGGAAGGAGGAGGAGUUCGUAUCGGAGGAAGAACUGAGAGAGAGGUUGAAAGGGUGGCUUCAAAAUUGGCCGGCGAAUGGGUUGCCGGCGGACCUAGCGCGGUUCGAAAACAUUGACGACGCGGUGGAGUAUUUGGUGAAGUGCGUUUGUGAACUUGAAAUCGAUGGAGACGCUGGUUCGCUUCAGUGGUUCGAAGUUCGUCUACAACAGCAGGACGACGACAUGGCCGAUUGAGGUUGGCACGGAGUUAGUUCAUUGGUUCAGUAGACAGUAUUUAGAAGAAGAGAUCAAGAUUCGAACUUUGGCAAUGACUAUGUUAAAGUUAUGUCUAAAGUUGACAAAUCACUUGUGCGACAUUUGAUCUGUCUGCUGAGCAAAUUGAAUGUAAAAAAUUGUAUAUUCUAUACAUUAUGUAUUGUUUUCGUGCAACACACAUAGUGCUUGAUGGUAAUAAUAUAAAUGUGUUUUAGGGAGUAAUAUAUAUACUUUUAAUUA